AUGACACUAACAAGCACGCUCCUCCACCUAACCAAUUUCCGCACCCCAAUCCUAAGAACACUCGUUCCAGCCGUCGGCGCAGCGUUUGUUAUACAGGCAGCAGUAGCAAUCCCGAGUGUGUGGUUGCAAUCGGAGAGGUUUUAUGAUUUGAGUGGGAGUUUGACUUAUUUGGGGGUGGUGGGGGGGAGUUUGGUGGGGGGCUGGAUGAGAGAGAGGGGGGUGGGGAAGGGAGGGACGGGUGUUGAGUGGCCCCAACUACUCGAUGCCUUUACUGGAAAGGGGGGACCUAAUGCUUUGAAUUGGAGACAGGUGGUUCUUAGUGCUGCGGUGGGUAUUUGGGCUACGAGACUUGGUAGCUAUCUUUUCGCAAGGAUUUUGUCGGAUGGUCAUGAUUCUCGCUUCGACGAGAUCAAAAAAUCCCCCGCCAAAUUCUUCGGCGCAUUCGCCGCCCAAGCAACAUGGGUAUCCCUCUGCUGCAUGCCCGUCCUCGCCCUCAACUCCCUCCCAUCCUCCCUCCUCGCCACCCUCCCCACCCUCAUGCUAACCGAUAUCCUGGGGCUCCUCCUCUUCACCAGCGGACUCGGAUUUGAAAUCAUGGCCGAUCGACAAAAGAGCGCAUGGGUCGCAGCCAAGAAACGCAAAGAACACGAUGAGGAUUUUCUAACCUCGAGUUUGUGGGGUAAGAGUCGCCAUCCGAAUUAUUUUGGGGAGAGUACCUUGUGGAUGGGUGUGGCGGUGGUGAGUGCGGGGGUUUUGACGGGUAAGGUGGGUCAGGUGGGUAUGGGGACGGUGGGAUGGGGGGUUUGGGGGAAGGUACUUGGGGUGGGGUUGGCGGGAGUGAGUCCGGCGUUUGUGACGUUUUUGUUGUUGAAGGUUAGUGGGGUGCCGUUGAGUGAGGGGAAGUAUGAUAAGAAAUACGGACAUCGCAAAGAUUAUCAAGAGUGGAAGAAGAAUACUCCGAUGUUUAUUCCGAAAUUGUAG